CCCCUGUCCCGGGUUUCCACACUUGCUGUCUCAUCACCCUGGUGGGGAAAGGCGGGACUAGGGCCUGGCUGCAGCGGCCUCAGCACUGACCAGCCGCCGCGCCACUGCCCUGCGCUCUCCCCCGCCCCCGGUGCCGCUCGAUUGCCCAGGAAACCGAAACUCGCCGCAUCCCUCCCCGGGCAGCCGCAGCAGCGCUGCGCUCCCCCGGCGGGCGGCGCCUCGGUGCCCGGCCGAGCGGCACCGCCUCAGGCCGCCGGCGCGCUGGCGUAGGCGGAGAGCGGCUGGGGCAGGCUCGGCUCCGGCUCCCCAGCGGCAGUGCGGGCUCUGUGCGUGUGUGUGCGCGGCCGCCGGGCGCCCCCCGCCAUGAGGAAGUGCUGCCUCUCCGCGGUGGGGAUCCUGUCCGUGACCCUGCUCAUCGCCAGCGUCUCGCUGCUGGUGGCCCACGUCCUCCAGAGAGCGGUGGACCUGCAGGUGAAAGAGGGAACAGUACUAAAGAAUGGCACAGAAGCCUUUGACCUCUGGGAAGACCCUCCUCCACCAGUCUACAUGCAGUUCUACUUUUUUAACGUGGUCAACCCUCUAGAAGUGGUCAAUGGAGAGACCCCUUUGGUGGAAGAAAUAGGGCCGUACACCUACAGAGAGUACAGGCCAAGAGCGAAUGUUCAUAUUUUGGACAAUGACACCAGAGUCUCUUCUGUGAACCCAAAGACCUAUGUAUUUGAACCUGAGAAGUCUGUUGGAGACCCUGAAGUUGAUCUGAUCAGGACAGUAAAUAUUCCUGCAGUGACUGCAAUGGAAUGGACCAAAUCAACUUCUCUUCGGCUACCCACAGAGAUUCUCCUAAUGUUGUACCAAGAAAACUUGUUUACGACACACACUGUCCACGAAUUACUGUGGGGCUACAAAGACAAACUUUUGUCAGCCCUUCAUGUGUUUCAUCCUGAGAUUGAUUCAGAGUUUGGCUUAUUUAAUAAGAUGAAUGGAACGGAUGAUGGUGAAUAUGUUGUUCUCAGUGGGAAAAUGAACUACCUGAACUUCUCGAAGAUCGUGGAGUGGAGAGGAGAAGAGUCACUGAACUGGUGGACCACAGAGUCAUGUAAUAUGAUUAAUGGGACAGAUGGAAGUGCUUUCCACCCAUUGAUAAGCACAGAUGAAACAAUUUAUGUCUUUUCUUCCGAUUUCUGCAGAUCUCUGUAUAUAACCUUUGAUAGCUUUGUGAGUGUGUCUGGAAUCCCUGCCUAUCGGUUUGUGCCCCCUGAAAAGGUGUUUGCCAAUACGUCAGUGAACCCAGACAAUGCAGGAUUCUGUGUGCCAGCAGGAAACUGCCACGGCUCAGGUGUGCUGAACGUCAGCGUCUGCAAGCAGGGUGUCCCGAUCCUUUUAUCGGCCCCACAUUUUUACCAAGCAGACGAGAAGUAUGUUAAGGACAUAAAGGGCAUGCAUCCCAGAAAGGAGGAUCAUGAAACAUUUCUGGACAUCAAUCCUCUGACAGGGAUAGUUGUACAAGCAGCCAAGAGAAUGCAGAUCAAUGUUCUUGUCAGAAAACUAGAUGAAUUUAUUGAAACAGGCAGUGUCAGAACAUUGGUUUUCCCCGUGGUGCAUGUAAACGAGAGUGUUCUGAUUGAUGAAGCAUCUGCCAAAAAACUGAAGAGCGUUCUGUUUGACGCCACAGUUGUAACCAGCAUCCCCUUCAUAAUCAUGGCAUUAGGAAUUAUUUUGGGGAUUUGUUUCAUUGUGCUCGUAUGCAGGCCCCCUGGAACAAAGGAAGAGGUUAGAGAAGUGUUAAUAGAACCAGAGUAAGUGCACCCAAACAAAGCUAUCCAGCCAAUUUAAGAUACAUGAGUUCUGAAGAGGAAAGGGCUCCGCUCAUCAGGACAUCCUAAUCUUCAUUUUUUCCCCUUCCCAUGUGAGCUUGGUGAAUAAACUAUGCAAGUUGAUCUAAUACCGGACACUACCCGGCAUUCAGCGCCGUCUAAAAACCCAUCAUGCUAAUUAUAAUUAUUUGUAGUACAGGGAUGGAAAAAACUAAAAUGCUAGUGAAUGAGGAAACUGUUUUCAGCUGCUAAGUAAGUUUUAAAACCAGAUACUAAAAUGACUUGAGAUCCUGCUUUAUUAACUAGUGUUUAAUAUUCCCAGUGCUGUUGAAAGCCAUAAAAGCUAAGAACCACUAUGUCAGUAAGAUUAUAAUACCCUGAUUCAUGUAUUAGAAUUACGUGGGGUAAUCUUUGUAAUGUGGGCUCCGAAGUCCCUUUUGAAAAUGGAACUUAGGCAUGUUUGAAAAUACUGUCCUGGGUCUAACUUUGUCUUCUGUGUAGAGUACACUUGGCUUCUUAUUAACAGAGUGUAAAUAGAUCGUUUUACUAGUUACCCAUCAUGCCUUUCACCUCCAAAAUUGUUUUGUGAAUCUAAGCCAAACUGGUAAGUGAGGCCUAUUUAAUCAUAUCUAGUUUUCAGUUAAGAAGCCAAGUACUUCAUAGCACAUUUUCGUACAGCACCUUGAUAUGUCCCAGUAUUGUUUGAAAUCCCAUUGUGUGGUAUUAAUACAAUGCCCUGGCAAGUUUUUAAUUUUUAAUUAUUUUUUACACUGGAAUACAAAGGGUUGGUUAGCUGAGGGUACAAUAGAGCAUUCUCCUUUUUCCUGUGUCAGUGUCUCACAAAUAUCUAUUCUGUGGAGCACUGUACAGGCAGACGCUGCAAGGGUAUUUGUAAUUGCAUUAAACAUUUAGGAAACCUACAGACCUUGUGUAUUGAGGAAUGUUUGGAACAUAAAGGAAAGCAGCAUAAACUUUUUUUUUUUUUUUAAAUACUGGUAGUUUAAAAUGUUGUAAGGGUACCUGUUUCCUCUCAGUGAGGAAGAGCAUUCUCACAAAUCUAUUUCCAUCAAAUAAAGUCAGUGAAAAAUGGAGACAUACUUUUUGGAUUGACUGAACACUCACACGUAGGAUGUUAGCCUAUCAAUUGUUCAGCAACCCAGACCAUUUUGGGCUGUCCCAGUCAGAAAAGUUCUACUAUUAUUAUUUAUUAUCUGUAUUACUGUAGCACCAAGGAGCCCAAGUCCUGGACCAGAGCCCCACUGUGCUGUGGUCUAUAGAUUUGUACCAAUUACAGAAAGCUAGAGAUACUGGCAUUUCACCAGGCUGACUUCUUCAGCCGACUGGCUCCUCUCCUGUGCAAGCCAAAACCAACCAAAUAAUACUCAUCCAGAUUCAGGCAUCUGCCGUGCUGCCUGGCUGAAGAUAAGAGCUCCUGUACAUAAUGUGUGUUCCCAAUGAGUGAGAGACUCAGGCUAGCCAACGACAGCCAUUCAUCUCAAGGGAUUUGCUCUGCAGGAAAGUCUCCAUUUAACCUCAUGAGAGGAAACUGUCCAGCCGUCAUCUGCCCUGUGAUUGGCCAGGAUGAAAAUAAUGCCAUGUGAAAACCCUUGUGGGUGAGAGGCUUUGGAACUCUGCCCUACCUUUACCCCGAAUGUUAUUCUGCGGGAGGGGAGACUCUUCCUUUGCCACUUUAUGUAGAUUCCAGUUGCAGAUACCCUCUUCUCCAUCACCCCAGUCUUUGAGUCUCAGGGGCCCUUUAUUUCUUUCCUUGGCUGACCUCUGGAAUAAACCUGCCAGCUAAGGAAAAGCCCAAUAGCUUUGGCUCAGGGUCCCUUUUAAAUUCUUCCUUGUAUUCAGAAAGGGGCAGCUACAGAAUGCCCAGUGCUGCUGGUAAAAGGCUGCAGCCCUCUCAGAUUAAGGGCCAGCCGUCCUUAGCUGGGGCAACUGAGUCAGUAGCUGCACAGCCCGUGUUCUGCGAGUGAGCCAUUUGCCUUUUGCAGUGCAUGAUGCUAAAUCAGGAACUCCAGAUCACCUUUCUGUCUCAGUCUUUAUGUUGUACAGGUCAGAUCAUUGUAUGAUCCACAUUGAAAUCUAGCACCUUGUGUAAAAGAGCUAUCUGUGCACAACAACGGUAACCUACAAAUCAUCUACAAAGCCUCGGGUAUUUUCUGAGGAAGUCAUUUUGAAAGCAUUAUUCCUGAUAAAAUAACAAGGCCUCACAGGGUGAAAUUCAUCCUAGCGCAGAGGACCAGCAGAGAGACUACGCACUGUUUAAGCCCUGCUGCAAAAUACCAGUCCUCAUUCCACUGUCCAGACCAAGUAGUCGUGGACUCAGCUGAGAAGUCAGGAACAGGUUUUGUCCCAAGGAUCCUCUGCAGUGGGGUGAAUUUAACCCCAACAUAUCCAUUUUAAAAUGUUACAUUCUGCUUAUUGGGUCAGAUCCUCAGCUGAUGUAAAUCAAUGGAGUGCCAUCAAAGUCAGUGAUACUGUGCCAAUUUUACACCUAUUCAGGAUCUGGCUCAUUAUUCCUGUCCGUUUAUUGAUUAAUUUAGCUGAACUCUUCAAAUGUCUGAAUGACUGUGUCUAGAUGUUUGUGUAUAUGCUACAGCAGAUUAAGCUGCUGCUUGGUUUUGUUACUUCAUUGCUUCAAUGUUUCCAUUCUCUACCUUGCCCUGAAGAAUUCCCCCCCCUCCCCCCCAAGGAACAUCUGUUUCUUAAAUCUCCACUAGACCCUAGGGAAGAGGUCGUAUCUGUCUAAUAUAGAGGAAAGGUGGUUAUUUUAAUAAUAAACGUUUCCAUUUUAUUUUUUGCAUGCUCCUGCUGUUAUGUCCAUUCCUGUACAGCUGUCCUGUUUCGCUGCGCCUUCUAAUUUCCAAUGUGCAGUUGGAAAUCAGUUAAAUGUCGUGCAAAGUGACUUUCAUCAGGUUUUAAAACAUGUGCAUGUCCGUUAGAGGUGAGCACUGUGGGCAAAAUGCCAACAAAAUCACAUUCAGUUGUACUUUAUAGACACUGGCUUUUAGUCCAUGGAACUUUAGUCUUUCUGGAACUUCUCAGCUACUAACUCACAUGUAAGAAUUAUAGUAUAGACUGUGUUACAAGCGGGAUGUUCCAAAACUCUCCGCAGUGGCCUAACGCUGCUCCCACUGUCGUCAAUGGGAGCAGGCGUAGGCCAUCACCAAACACAUUUUAAAAUCCCGUAUUUUACAGAUACAAAUAGACGCAUAGAUAUUAAGCAGUUUGGAGAAGGGUGUGUGCAUUUCUACGUAAGGCAAGAGCAAAAAUGACUACAGAGUUAAAAGCUAAACCCCAUUCAAGCAGGAUGCAUGAUAAAAUUUUAGUGUUUUAUUUCCUUUUAGUUUUGUGAAACCGGUACAUUGCAGUUUGAUGCCUCUUACUGGAGCAUUCCACCUCUCUCAAUCCAGCACAUACAAAAAGUCAAAUAUACCCGUGGGAGAGCCAUUUUAUGGGAUGCCAGACCUUCCAGCUGUGUGUUAUAAAGGGUUAUUGAUGAUCAGUAUAUUUGAUAUGCAGGGGCAGUUAUCCUUGACAGGCCUGUGCAUUGUUUCUUUGUAAACUGCUCUGGGUACCUUAAAAAUCCAGAAUCCCAUUUGUUCAUCUUUCUCAGCUGUUAACUUGUAAAGAAACACUACAAAGAAUAUCAUUCUCCUCUGGAUAUAUGCAUGCUACUCACAAUAGCAGCCAAUUGUGCUGCCUUUCAGUGUUAGCCUAGUGAUUAGAGCCCAAGGCUGGUUGUCAGGAGACCAGAGUUGUAAUCUGUAGGGUUAUUAACAUUUACCUAUAUACCAUCCAGAGGUGUGGGGAUGAAUUAAUAUUUGUAAAGUGCCAUGGGCUUGAUCCUUCAAAGGACAGCUUACUUCACUGUGAUGAGACACUCAGUAUCUUGCAGAAGUGCUAAUACCUUAUACCAUGACAGUUCCUUAUAUACCCAUUAAUAAGAAUUACUUGUGCCUGCAUCCAGGGAAGAUUAUCCAUCUAUAAUCCUUCUGUUCAGCUGUUCUGUAAAGCACUGUUUGUUUCACACUGUGGAAGUGAUUCCAGGCAGUGUUAGAUACUUUUUUAAUUAUUGAAGACUCACAGGAAAUAAUUGUCAACUGCUAUUUGUUGAUGGAUUUUGUAUUUGUUUUCCUGAGGCUGACUGUUGAAGAGGAGAUACUCAUAGCAAUGAUCAGUAUGUUUGCACACUUGAUUCACUUUCUGUGACUCUAGCAAUUUUUGUUUCCACUAUUAAUGCAGAUCAAGUGGUGCAUUAAUAAAAGUUAAUGUUUCUAUUAAAAA